AUGAUGCAUGUCAUUUUCUCAGGCUCUGCGAAGAAGAACCGGCCGACAGGAUGCUCCCACGACUGGCUGGAUGUGCCCUGGGAUGCAGAAAGCUUCUACGCCGGCCUGGCCGAGCGGGAGCUGUCGGUCACGGGGAGGAUGAACAUGUCCUUCUCCCUGUUCCGGGGCGCCUCGUUCCAUCUAAAGGACGUGCCCGACGAGCUGGCACAGGGCCGCCUCAUGAAGAUUCCCGGGGUCAAGAACCUCUGGCCGAUCCAGUCGAUCCCGCCACCCGACGACGAGGUGCUCUGGACAGGCGACAACAACAGCCACAGCACCGCGCCGCCCGUCCUGAAGCGACGCCAGGCAUCAUCACCCGCAGCAGCAGAAGCAGCCGACACGUACGUCCCCCACGUCAUGACGCAGGUCGACCAGCUGCGCGCCGAGGGCUUCACGGGCAAGGGCGUGCGGAUCGGCAUCAUCGACGACGGCGUCGACUACACGCACCCGGCGCUGGGCGGGUGCUUCGGGGAAGGGUGCCUGGUGGCGUACGGCUACGACCUGGUCGGCGACGCCUACGCCGGCGCGGGCGACACGCCGCGGCCGGACGGGGACCCGAUGACCUCGUGCGGCGGGCACGGCACGCACGUCGCGGGCAUCAUCGCGGCGCGGGACGCGGGGAUGGGCUUCACGGGCGCGGCGCCGGGCGCCUCCCUCGGCAUGUACAGGGUGUUUGGGUGCGGCGGCGGCAGCGACACGGACGUGGCGGUGGCGGCGCUGAACCGCGCGUUCGAGGACGGCAGCCACGUCAUCUCGAUGAGCAUCUCGCGGACGUCCGGGUGGAGCGAGGACCCCGUCGCCGUCGCGGCGCAGCGCAUCGUCGAGGCCGGGGUCCCCUGCGUCCUCAGCGGCGGCAACAGCGGGUCCGGCGGGCUGUUCCUCGCCGGCACCGGGGCCACGGGCAAGGGCGUCACGUCGGUCGGGUCGGUCGACUCGGCCGAGCUGGGGCUCGUGCUGCUGCGCGCGUCCUUCUCCACUACUGCUGCUGCGCAGGAAUCGAGCAGCAAUGCGUCCGGGCCUGCUGCUGCGCCCGAGCCGUUUGGGUGGCAGCCUGGCACGCCGGCGUUUGGGAACGUGUCGCUGCCGCUGUACGCCGUCAGCAACAGCACGGGCGUCGAGGAUGAUGCCUGCAGCCCGCUCCCUGACGGUACCCCUGACCUUUCUGGCUAUGUCGCGCUCGUCCGCCAGGGGUAUUGCAGCGACUUUGUCAAGGCGCAGAACGUUGCUGCCAAGGGGGCGCGGUACAUGUUGGAGUAUUCGUAUUACGAGGACGCGGAGUCUCUGAGCGGACCGUGGGUGGACGAUGAAGAGCCCCGGAUCGUUGGGACUGGAACAGUCACCGCGGCCCAAGGGGCAGAGUGGGUUGACUCCCUCAACCAGGGCAGCGUCGUGACGGUUGAUAUCGUGGCCUCGGCCCAGGCGGGCAGCCUCGUCGAGUGGAGCCCCAACACCAGGAGCGGGGGCGCCAUGAGCCUCUUCUCGUCGUGGGGCCCAACGUGGGAGAUGGACCUGAAGCCGACCUUCUCCGCGCCCGGCGGCUUCAUCGUGUCUACCUGGCCGCUCGCCCUCGGCGGCUACGCGAUCCAGUCCGGCACGUCCAUGUCCACGCCCCUGAUCUCGGCCAUCUUCGCCCUCAUCGGCCAGGCCCGCCAGGACUUUGACCCCAGGACCCUCAACAGCCUGGUCUCGGCGACAGCAGCGCGGGUCGGCUGGUACGACGGCAACGCCAUAUCGAGCGACGUGCUGGCCCCGCCGACGCAGCAGGGUGGCGGCAUGGCGCAGGCACACCGCGCCGCGCACGCGACGACGCUGCUCAGCGCCUCGGGCAUCUCCUUCAACGACACGGCCAACUUCAUCCCCGGCGUCAGCUUCACCAUCACCAACCGGGGCGCCGGGCCCGCGACGUACAGCCUCGGGACACUCGAGGCAGAGACCAUGUACACCUUCAACCCGGGGAACGACUACCCAGCCUACUUCCCCAACCCCACCGCGAACAGAACCGCCAGGCUGAGCUUCUCGGCGCCGCAGGUCACCGUCCCCGCCGGGGGGUCCGCCGAGGUCACCGUGUCGUGCGAGCCGCCCGCCGGCGCGGACGGGGCCCGGCUGGCCGUGUACAGCGGCUACGUCACGGUCACCACGGCGGCGGGAGACGGGGGCGAGGAUGAGAAUGAGGUAUUCUCGAUCCCCUACGUCGGCGCCGUCGGCAGCCUGCGCGCCGCCAAGGUCCUCGACGACGACUACGUGUACCUCACGCGCUGGGACGACGGGUCCCUGACGCCGUCCGCGGGCAACGAGACGUUCGUGGUGCCGCGGCCCAACGCCACGACGCCCGCCUCGGGCGGCGGCCCCGCGGUCGGAUACCCCGCCACCGUCAUCCAGCUCAACGUCGGCUCGGCGCUGCUGCGGUGCGAUCUGGUGCCUGCCUCCGGCCCCGGUGGCGGCGGCAACGCGACGGCGGCAGGGGGAGUAGAGCCGCUGGGCACGUUUGGGAUCUUCCCCAUGGAGUAUGUGCCGCGGGCGUAUUUUAUCAAUGCCUUCACUGGGAUGCUGACCGACGGGACCGUCGUCCCUGAGGGCACGUAUGCUUUUGUUGUGCGGGCGCUUAAGAUCUUUGGGGAUCGGGAGGUCGCUGAGGAUAGCGAGGUGGUUCGGACGGUGCCUUUCACUCUGAAAUAUGAGUCUUGA